CGCGCAGUGUAGCGGACUUACUCUAAAGCAUCCUGCGACACUCCUACAAUCUAUCUGCCCCUCCCAGUCUUCCUCGUCCGGGCCACCAUACGACGCAGCCAUGACCACCGUCGUCGCCAAUUCCCCGAUCCCUGUGCAGUAUGCGGCACCAGUAUCCGCAGACGGGGCCGGCUCGAGCAGAACAUAUGCUGCCAUUGCGCCCUCUACACACUCUCCUCACAACGUGACGCCCAACUCUAAGCACUCUAAACUGCCUGACCACAAUGCUUCACCUACCUCCUCUAGUAGUGAUGCAGCCAUGCAGCAGAGAGCAGAGGGAAAGCGCUCACCUCUUUCGUCACGCGGCCCUCCAGCACCUAGGAUAGUCGUCAAGAAGGAGCCUGCCUCGCCAGACAUGCCCACCACCACCACACGUCAUCGUCCUCGACGCCUGGACCUGUCCAAUCACAACAUCGUCCACUCAUCUGGUGCCCUCACUGCUAGGCCCUCUGGCCCAGGUAGUGCUAACGUCAUGGACAUGGGCCUCGCCUGCCUGUCUCCUGGCUUCCACACCCAGGAUCCCACUAUGCGUUCGCAACUCCAGCGCAGUCUGGAUGUAAGAGAGAGGCAGAGGCAGAUCAUUGAGGCACGCCAAAAGAAUGGCGGCAAGGGUGGACCAGUCGAGGAGGAGCCCCCACGAAGCACUGAGAUCGGUGCAUUCGGAAGACCCAUCAAGACUCCCCAGACAUCCAAGAGGAAGGGACCUCCUCCUGGUCUUUCCAUCGCACCUCCUGCCCACCAGGCGUUCGCCAACGACAGGAUCAUCCAGUCAGCACCCAUCAACCAGACCUUCACCGGACUUCGCAGCAAUGCACCGCUGUCACGACAGGUCGCCAAUGGCCCAUCAGGUCUCUCGCAAACGUCACACAUCCACCAUGUACCGGCACAGCAGACCAACAACCGCCUGCCACCCAUCUCAGAUGUUUUCCCAGAGCCUCUUCACACCGCGAGGAAUCACUACAGCCCUGGUCACUCAUCGCAUUCAAACAACCAGCCACCCCUGCCAUCACCAGGGUUCGCUGCUCCUCACUCAGUGCCACCACCACUGACAUCGAGGCCACGUGAAUACAAGUCAGCUGAGGAGGCAGUGCAGUCACUGUCUGGCGGUCGUGAGGAUCUCCUGCCCCGUCUCGUCCACUACGGCGGUCACCAGCCCCCUACACCGCCAUCACCUAUGCCCAAGAACGGCCAAUCAGCGUAUGCCCUACACCCUGACGUUCACCGUAGCGGCAGCUCAAGGAGACGUGGCCGUGACGAGUACGAGCGAGACAACGGCACUCCUCCCCUUGGUCGUCAAGCACCCCGUAUCGGACCGUUUGGGGAGGGUCGUGACUCGCCAGAGACACAACAGAAGAAGAAGGAAGAGUUCAUUGGUCUGUGUGCAAGAGCUUGGGAUUUGUUCCAUUCGUAAUACCCGGCCUCGGCCUACCUCGAUACACCAUUUGGGUCUGACUCAUUUCUGGCGCUUCCUGGGGUAAAGAUUACCUCGAUACUACCCUCACUUGUUUCGUUUCGUUCA